ACAACAGCAACAAUAGCAGCAGCAGCAGCAGCAACAACAACAAAAACACAAAAGAGAAAAAGCUGUGCGUAUUCGUAGAAUGAGCCAAUGCUCAUUAUGAGGUGCCAGAUGAUGAUGAUAAUGAUGUUGAGAUGCUCUACACUGGAAUGCCUCAAAUGGCACGCCCAGCAGCUCACAGCAGCAGCAGCAGCAACAACAACAACAACAAGCCCCCCAGGUGACAAGCAGGUGGCAGGCGGCUCGUCUGGAAUGUCAAACGUUUAUUUGUCGCCGGGCCGGGCCACGUUCCUAACACCAAACCCAAAUCCUCAGUCGCUGUCGCAGUCGCAGUCGCUGUCGCUGCUGGCAUCGCUGUCGGCGUCACAGCCUCUGGCUGUGGCAGGUGGGGCCACCCGCAAGCGGAACAUGCCACAGCCCCAGCCACAGCCACAGCCACAGCCGGCGCAGCAGCAACUCGGGCCUGCUGUACGCACCCAGGUGAAGGCAGCGACAGCGGCAGCAAGACCAAUUCAAAGAUCAAUUCGUCUGAUUGGAAGAUUUUUGUUUUCUAUUUGCAAUUGAUUGAUGCCUUUUUUCUUCUCAGCUGGCAGGCGGCAAACGCAAAGCCAAAUGUCGCGGCUGGACAUCGCUCAAUGCACAACCAUAGCAGCACCA